AUGCACAGAUUCGCACUGCAGGACAUCGCGCAGGUUCGCUGGUCGCACGAUGCCGUCUACGACCACUUCAAGGAUGGCAAGAGUAUCUUCGAGACCGUCGUGGACCUGUUGCAUGGGAAGCUGAAGCUGCAGGACCUGCCUCCUCUGCAGUUGGUGAAGAAAGGCGGGCAGUAUUACUCUCUCUCGAAUCGCCGACUCUAUGCCAUCAGGCAGUAUGCGCAGAUCCUGAAGCAGUUCGGGCAACUGCACGAGAAGACAUCGCUACCGGUGCCCGUGAGCUUCGUCGAGAGCUACUCGGGGGAGGCCUUCACGAGCGUUACGGGGGGCCUGAGGGUGGACCUUAUCCGGCCACUGCAGGGCCCCAGCUUCCCCGUGCGCAAUGUGGGUCCCAGGAGGCCUCCCAGCGCUCGAAGCUUGUCUCGGGAUGCCCUUAGCCACUCCAGAGAACGGAACCGAUCGCUGUCCAGGGGAAGAUGGGUGGAGCCGGACCCCCAGGGCCGAAGGAGGAUCUCCUUCGGUCAGACGGACUGGCGCUUUAUUUUGACCGAGUGCGACGAGCCCAGCCUGGUCCGAGAACGAAGGCCAAGUCCAGCUCCCAGGCCUCGCGUGCAGCCGGAGCCUAAGGAGCUGCCCAAGAAGGAGCCACCGGUGCAGCCAAAAGAAAAGGAGACAGCUGCACCGCCGAAGGUGAAGGAGACGCCCUCACAGCAGCCAAAAGUCCGGGAGACACCGGCACAGCCGAAAGAGAAGGAGAAGGAGACCCCGGUGCAGGCAAAAGCGAAGCAGACCCCGGCAGCCCCUAAAAAGAAGGAGCCGCCGGCAGUGUGCAAGGAGGAGUCCCAAAGCAAGGCGAAGAAGGCUGCGCAGAAGACGAAGACGGACCCAGGUUUAGAGAAGGGCAAAGAAACCCCUCCUUUGACCUCGGAAGGUUACCCUACGCUCCCAAGCUGCAAGAGGACGAAGACGGAGACGGAGGUUGGAGAGCUGGUGCUGAUGUGCCUGAACUUACAGAGAGCCGUUCCGAAACCACGGCAAGCAGUUCCGCGGCCCGAGAUCCGUGACUUACUGGCGAAGCUUGCGCCCGGCGGGGAGGACUCGAAAGUGCAGUCCUGGUUAGCGGGAAGUGGGUACUCCUUGGGCCACCAGAGCUACUACGAGAAGCUCUUGCCCUCCUUGCAUCAGCUGGUGGAUCGACUUACCACGCAGCUUGCGGACACCGAGCGGGUGGGGUGUCAGCAGUGGGAGGAUUCAGCUGACACGCCGGAAAAAAGUCAGAGGGAGACGAUUGGGAUGAAGGACAAGAUCAGCGCCGGCCCCCGUCCCUAUGAUGAUGCAGACCUCGACAACAUCACGGACCUGAAGCUGCGUCAUAUCAUUCGCUUGCUCCUCGAAUUCCGGAUGCAUGCAGCCUGGGCACUGGACCUUCUGCAUGGGCGCUCUUUUGAAGCUGUGCGGCACAACCCGGUAGUUGGCGAGACCCCAAGUGCCAAGAAGCACGUUGCUUCUAGUCAGCUUUUUGCUGGCCUUGAGCCACAAUCUGCAAACCUCACCGCCCAUGCUGAGCCUCUGCUGUCGAAGGCCUUCGAGCUCGGCCGCAUGGAUCGCAUCGUCUGUGGCGUCGUUACAGCCGAGGGCCGGCACACGAGGUAUCUGGUGCUACAUCAGCACUUGUUGCUUCUUGUGCAGCCGGAUCUGGUGCAACCUGGUUGGGCCGUGGCGCGCACCCUGGUUCCACUGCGGCACGUCGAUGCGCAGGUUGACCGCACCGACCACCGGAUGUUACGCCUGACCCUGCGCCUGGCAAAGGGGGCUUCGUGCCCAGGGGAGGCGUCUGCAUACGACCCCGGCGGUGCGGAUCUGGGCUUCGGGGUAGCAGAGGGCGCUGCGGGCCCACAGACUUCCUGCUUUCUGCUUACUCUCAGCUUCGAGGACAACCAGCGGAGGCUCUUUGCGGAGACCCACCUCCGCAAGUACCGAAAGGCUGUGCGGGAGCACCUCUCCGCGAAUGUGGAGAAGUUUGUGGAUGAUCUUUGCUUGGAGGUUCAUGGCUAG